AUGCCCUACCCCUACACCACGUCUCUUUCUCUUCUUCUUGGCCUCGGCACGCGAAUCGCCUUCAACAAGUUUGUAAACGUUCGCGAGACCAUCACCAUCGAGGACCAUGUCCUCUCCGGCCUCGCCCAGGGUGUUGCCCUUUACUACUGUCUCAUGGAGUUUCCUUACUACGCCUGGGGCGUGGGCCUCGUAAUCGGCGCUAGAAUCUUCAUAAAAUUCAUCGUCACGCACGACACACUUGAAUGCGCCUGCCUGCUCCUCGGAGUCGCAAGCGGUGUACUCUUCACGGACGUCAUCUCCCAGGUGGUGGAAGACACCGGUGCGUCCGACCUCACGGGAACGGCCAGUUACGAUGGCUCGAUCGUCUCGUCCGCCAUCUCUCGACGUCGCCUCGUCCAGUUUCGCUCCCCGACGCAGUCGAAUACCAGCCGGGAUGUCGACAGGCUUUACGAGCGUCGGAGGCGAGAGUUCCUCGAUACCCCUGCUCCGUCGGUGACUACCGCCACCACGCAGUCUUGGGACUCCAUGUCCGAUUGGAUCGAUCCGAAUCACACCAUGAACCCUUUGGAGCGCGAAGUGGCCGCGUUGAGGAAGAAGGCAUCGUUGGCGGACAGUGAGCGGAGGAGGUUCAAGGAGGAACAGAAGUGGGCGAUGGCACAGGGGAAUAAGGCAAGGGCGACCCAGAUGGGGUGGCAGGUGAAGCGUUAUUCUGCUCUCAUGCAGAGCUUCCACAGGGAGGCCGAUCUGAGGCUGUUGGAAUCUACGAAUCAGCGUCACAGGCAAGAGAUGGCCUCAGUUGUAGGAAUGACACCUCAAACUCCUGCUCAGGUCUUCCCCUCUCAACCUGUCGUCGUCGCGGUACCCGUUUCCACAUCCGCGCAACCACCAGCACCUCUCAUAACGAUCCCACAAGAGCCGCCCACCACACGCGACAAGGGCAAGGGCCGUGCUCGUCGAAGAUCGAACCCUCCAGAGCCUGAAGAACGUCCUCUUCCUGUACCCCCACCAUCGAUGAGGCGUGCGAGUGGCGCAACAGAACGCUCGCAAGCCAACGGUCAUGGCUCGGGCCACACCACUCAUCAUCACCAGCCGAAAUCUAUACUAAGCAGGCCCGGCGUUCGCGUGGAGGUGCACGAGUGA